AUGGUAAAAAUACGUCUGGAAACUAAUCCAAUAAGGAUACAUUUUCAGAAGUAUCAUUUCCUGGGAGACAUGGAGUGUCCGUCUUGGCUGCUUGAAGAGAUCUGCACCAAUUUAUCCGAUAUUGUGAGUAUCUUUCUAUCUUCCGUUUAUAAUUGAACAUCUACAGACAGUUCUGUCGUUCAAACGAUUAUGCGAACGGGCGGCCCACUUCAUGAUCCACGACAAUGAUUUUCCCGUAAUGGGCCAUCUUCCCGAACUGAUAAGUGAGUUAUCAUUAACUGAAAGAUGCUCAUUUCUGCCUUUCAGAUGUUCCCACACUUGUUCCAAAUCUCAAUCUUGUCGGACACUGGCUUCUCCUCAAACCAGCCGGCUACGAAUGUCCUUCAGAAGACCUCGAGAAAGAAGUCGUUCAGUUGGGACUGCCUCCAGGUACCCACGCAUCCGUGAUUAAGUAAAAUACAUGGUUCAGAGCAUGGAAAACAGCUGAAGAACGUUUACGAGAUUUAUAAAGAUGAACUGAAAAGAAAAGUGGUGGAAUCCGUUCAUAGAGGUAUGUAUAACACAUUCACUUCCAUCCCAAUCCUUCCUCCGCAGAACCCCACGCGUCAAUCCUCAACUCGACGUCUUCUUCGUUGACAAUGCAGUCUGGCGGUCUCGUUUACGAAGUUUCCAUGGGUUCGAACAUGAUGAAUCAGUUCAAAAGCGGUAACUUUCCGAUGGAAGUGCGGCGAAUCACACAUUAGUUGCAGAUAUCGAGAACUCGUUCUCCAAAAUGAAGGACUUCGCGGGCACUUUGCCAAUUUAA